UCAGAGAAUGUAUGGGAAAGGUUCAGAAGUAUGUCUAUAGAGAUGCAGCCAGGAGAUGAACAAAGUAGACUGAGAGACCACCUGAUGGAGUCAGGCCUCACGCUCCGACCCGAUGUGCCCAAAGAUGGGAACUGUCUCUUCCAUGCUGUAUCUGACCAGCUUGUGCGCACUGGAAGCACAGCGAUCAGUCACUCACAGCUCAGACAAGAUGUGGUUGGCUACUUGAGGCAACAUCCUCACAAUGAGAAGGGUGAUCACCUUCGAGCCUUUGUACGCAAUUUAGAUUGGGAAGGUUACCUACAGCAGAUGUCUCGAGAUGGAGUGUGGGGAGAUCACAUCGUACUACAGGCCUUGGCUUCCAUGUUAGGCAGAGACAUUAGGAUUGUGUCCAGCAUUGAUGCAGACAACUACAUAACCAUACUGUCACCUAUGGGGAACCAACAAGUCACUACAGGGCCGCCACUUCUGCUGGGUCACUAUGCUGAAAACCACUAUGCUAGUCUUGAUGGUGACAGUAAUAAAACAUCUCAACCUGGAGUUGGGCCUUGUGACAUCAUCAUAAGAGCAGAAUCCAGAGCAAAGGGAUCUGGAAGCAAGCCUGUGGUGCUGAUGAUCAAUGAUGAAUAUGGCACCUCUCGAGGUGGUGUCUCCACAAUACACCGCCAGAUGGCAGGCAUGCUGGUUUCCAAAGGAGCAGUGGUCUACAGUACCAUCUUAGGUGCCAGCAGGGAUGAUGAGGAUGAUGCAGCUGCCGAUGGGGUUCAGCUGAUCUUUCCGACAACAUCCGAUGGAGACAAGAGAAAACCCAGUCUUGAUUGGCUGACAUGGGAGCACAAGAGCCAUUAUCCAAACCUGCCUUCAGAGGUAGGCUUCGUCGUCGGCCAUGUUAACAUCACAAGCCGUGCAGCAAGACAGAUCAAGGAGCAACGCCUUCCUAACGCCAAAUUGGUCCAGGUCACUCACGUGAUCCCAGAAGACACCAGUCACUACAAGGGUGAUGAGAAGGUGAUGAGCAUUGGGGAGGAGAGUGACAGCAUUCUGGAAGACUUAAAACAUGCCGAUGUGAUAUUCUCAGUAGGCCCAUACAUGUAUGACUACUAUAAGAGUCAGACAAGAGAGAUAAAGCCACACCAUGAGUUUUUGCCUAAGCCAUCUGACGUCUUCAGCAAGGUGCAAGUGAAACAUGUCAACACAGAAACAAAAGUGGUACUAUCCAUUGGCAGGGUGAUGGGCGUAGAAAUACUGAAAGGCUAUGAUCUUGUAGCAAAGGCCAUGAGCAUGGUGAUCGACCACCUACCAAACACAAAGUGGCGAGUCCGUGGUGUCAGUCAUGAAGACUUUCCAGAGAGCAAGAAACUUAUUCAAGCCAAUGUGGAAAAGGGCAAAUUCAACUUCACCCCCCUGAAGUACGCCACACAGAGAGAGCUGAGCGAAGACAUGCAGAAAGUCGACGUUGUCCUGAUGCCGUCACGUGCAGAGCCAUUUGGACUGGUUGCUCUCGAGGCCAUUGCUGCAGGAGUACCAGUUCUGGUUUCCCACAAGUCUGGUCUUGCAUGGUUCUUAAGGAGCCAAGACCCUGAGUUUGAUCGUCUGAUUGUGGAGAUUGCGGAUGAUGACAAUGAAGCCGCCAAAACACUUGCUAAGAGGAUCAUUAAGGUUCUAAAGGAUGGGAAAAGGGAGUUUCAAGCUGCAAGACGGUUGAAAGAGACACUUUUGGCCUCAAAGUACUGGGAUGCAUCACACAGCAAGUUCCUUGAGGCAUUUGGCCUUUAGGUAUGCUAACUGUUGCUACUUACAAAAGUUACAGUGUAUAGAGCGCAUAGAUAAUCAGUACCAUAAUAGCCUAUAGAUUGUAAUGACAUUAUAAUAUUUGCUGUACAAAAACUUGUCUUUGGGGAGCUGUGCCUUUUGAGAGCUGUAUGUUAUGUUUUAAAUCAAGUUACCUUUCUUUCUGUAGAGAACUACAUUGAUUAUAACAAGGAGGUUUAACCUCCUUGAUUAUACUUUAUAGCAUGACAGGUGUAUACCUGUGUAAUGGAAACUGCAAUCUUUGUUA